CUUCACAAAAGCCAAAAUGGCUAGCAACUUUCUGAGCUCACAAUGCUGCGCCGUCCUCGCCAGCGCAGAUGACGAGUGCCCCAUUUGCCGACUUAAUUUCGUCGGUGACGACGAGAAGGCUGUCUCAACCCCUUGCAGCCACGUCUUUCACCCAGAGUGUCUUCAAAAAUGGUUUGAAUCUCAGACAGGGCAAGCGACGUGCCCUAUGUGCCGCGCGGUAUUGUUCAAUAUCACAGAAGUCGGUGCCGUGGAGGAGAUAGAGCAAGAAGACCCUCUGGGCUGGGAAGGACUGGCUUCGGCCUACGACGAGAUGACCCUCGAUAGGAUGUACGAGGCCAUUGACUUCCAUCUCCCUUUCCUCACGCGACUCACGCCCAAUUGGGAGCGCUAUGUGGAGACGGCUUUGCGAACCACCUUGCACCUCAGAGGCUGUUCGCCGCGCACUGCAGCCGGGUUCGUGAUGGUAGUGGCCACCCUCCAAGCCAUGGCUGAGCUUGCAGAAUACCAGAAUGAGGGUAUUGGGGAGUACCAGAGGGUCAUCGACAUCCUCAAUGAGCAUGAAGCCGAGGGCACGAUCGACGACGCCUACGAGGAAGCCGGGCUUAGUACCGUGAUCUCUCGGAUCUUGGUUUAAAGGACUGUAGCGCACAAGCGGGGAUUAAAGAUGCGGUGAUGACGGAUCGCAUAUUCUGUAUGGUCUAUUUUCAUAGUUUGUAGCCUGUAUUCUCGAUUAAUGUUCAAAUUGUUUUCACAACCAAAUCAGCGACAACGUCAAAUCAAAUUCUGCACUCUGGAAUACACCCAAUCGCUCACCUAAAG